AUGGAAAAUUUAACAAAUAAUAAUUUUACUUUAGAGUGGCUUGAUGGAAAUACAGCCUCACCAUUGCAUUUUACUUGUGGUAUUAUAGCAGGGAUAUUAGCAUCUCUAGUCACUCAGCCGGCUGAUGUAAUUAAAACUAAAAUGCAACUUUAUCCAGGAGAAUUUAGCAGUGUUAAAUCUGUUAUAAUCUACUUGCAAAAGAGGGAUGGAGUGUCUGGAUAUUUCAAAGGCUUGGUACCGAGAAUGCUUAGGAGAACACUUAUGUCAGAUAACUAUAAUUACAGACUUAUAAGUAAUCGAUUUUUUUCUAAUCUUAAUUGA